CGUGGGGGCGCCGGGUACGUCGAGGCUGCCGCGGACCCAAGAUGGCGGCGUGUGGACGUGUACGGAGGAUGUUCCCCUUGUCCGCGGCGCUGCCCCUGCUCUUGCUCGUGGCGGCCCGGGCCCAGAGGCUCCAGAACGCGGGUGCCUUGCACGCUCCGGUGCUGGGCCUCAGGUCCUUCGGAGAGGCCGCGGAGCAGCCGCCUCCGGCGCACGUUCCGCAGCCGCCCCAGCCUCCGCAGCAGCCGCAGGCGCAGCCUCAGCAGCAGCAGCAGCAGCAGCAGCAGCAACAGCAACAGCAACAGCAACAGCAACAGCAGCAGCCGCCGCCGCAGCCCUUCCCGGCUGGAGCGGGGCCGGCGCGGCGAGGCGGCGCAGGACCGGGUGGCGGCUGGAAGCUGGCGGAGGAGGAGACGUGUCGGGAGGACGUGACCCGGGUGUGCCCAAAGCACACCUGGAGCAACAACCUGGCGGUGCUGGAGUGUCUGCAGGACGUGCGGGAGCCUGACAAUGAGAUUUCAUCAGAUUGCAAUCAUUUGUUGUGGAAUUAUAAAUUGAAUCUAACUACAGACCCCAAAUUUGAAUCUGUGGCCCGAGAAGUCUGCAAAUCCACCAUAUCAGAUAUUAAAGAAUGUGCUGAAGAACCAGUUGGGAAGGGCUACUUAGUCUCCUGUUUGGUGGAUCACAGAGGCAACAUUACUGAAUACCAGUGUCAUCAGUACAUAACCAAGAUGACAGCCAUUAUCUUCAGUGAUUAUCGUCUGAUCUGUGGCUUCAUGGAUGACUGCAAAAAUGACAUCAAUAUUCUGAAGUGUGGAAGCAUCCGGCUUGGAGAAAAGGAUGCACAUUCACAGGGUGAAGUUGUGGCCUGCUUAGAAAAAGGCUUGGUAAAAGAAGCAGAAGAAAGAGACCCUCGGUUUCAAGUCUCAGAACCUUGUAAAAAAGCUAUUCUCCGCGUGGCUGAGCUGUCCUCAGAUGAUUUCCACUUGGAUCGGCAUUUAUAUUUUGCAUGCCGAGAUGAUCGAGAGCGUUUCUGUGAAAAUACACAGGCUGGUGAAGGCAGAGUAUAUAAGUGCCUCUUUAACCACAAAUUUGAAGAAUCAAUGAGUGAAAAGUGUCGGGAGGCCUUGACAACUCGACAAAAGCUUAUUGCCCAGGAUUACAAAGUCAGUUAUUCACUGGCAAAAUCUUGUAAGAGUGACCUGAAAAAAUAUCGCUGUAAUGUGGAAAAUCUUCCUCGGUCCAGGGAAGCUAGACUCUCCUAUCUUCUGAUGUGUCUAGAAUCUGCUGUACAUAGAGGUCGACAAGUAAGCAGUGAGUGCCAGGGAGAAAUGUUGGAUUACCGGCGUAUGUUGAUGGAAGAUUUUUCCCUAAGCCCUGAGAUUAUUUUGAGCUGUCGGGGUGAGAUAGAGCAUCACUGUUCUGGAUUACACCGAAAAGGGAGGACUCUACAUUGUCUGAUGAAAGUAGUUCGUGGAGAGAAAGGAAACGUUGGAAUGAAUUGCCAGCAAGCGCUUCAAACACUGAUUCAAGAAACUGACCCUGGUGCAGAUUAUCGAAUUGACAGAGCUUUGAAUGAAGCUUGUGAAUCUGUAAUACAGACGGCCUGCAAGCACAUAAGAUCUGGAGACCCAAUGAUUCUCUCUUGCCUAAUGGAGCAUCUCUACACAGAAAAGAUGGUUGAAGAUUGUGAGCACAGGCUACUAGAGCUCCAGUAUUUCAUCUCUCGAGACUGGAAACUGGACCCUGUUCUUUACCGAAAGUGCCAAGGAGAUGCUUCUCGUCUUUGCCAUACCCAUGGUUGGAAUGAGACCAGUGAACUUAUGCCACCUGGAGCUGUAUUCUCCUGUUUAUAUAGACAUGCCUACCGCACUGAGGAGCAAGGCAGGAGACUGUCUCGAGAAUGCCGCGCUGAAGUGCAGCGAAUCCUGCAUCAGCGAGCCAUGGACGUAAAGCUGGAUCCUGCUCUCCAAGACAAAUGCCUCAUUGACUUGGGCAAAUGGUGCAGUGAAAAAACUGAGAUGGGCCAGGAGCUUGAGUGCCUCCAGGAUCAUCUUGAUGACUUAGUUGUGGAAUGCAGAGAUAUAGUUGGCAACCUCACAGAAUUAGAAUCAGAGGACAUUCAGAUUGAAGCUUUGUUGAUGAGAGCCUGUGAACCCAUCAUUCAGAAUUUCUGCCAUGACAUGGCAGAUAACCAGAUUGACUCUGGGGAUCUAAUGGAGUGUCUGAUCCAAAACAAACACCAAAAGGAAAUGAAUGAGAAGUGUGCAAUUGGUGUCACCCACUUCCAGCUGGUCCAAAUGAAGGAUUUUCGAUUCUCUUAUAAAUUUAAAAUGGCCUGCAAGGAAGACGUCUUGAAACUUUGCCCUAACAUCAAAAAAAAAGUGGAUGUGGUGAUCUGUCUUAGUACCACUGUGCGUAACGACACUCUCCAGGAUGCCAAAGAACAAAGGGUGUCCCUGAAGUGCCGCAGACAGCUACGCGUCGAGGAGCUGGAAAUGACAGAGGACAUCCGCCUAGAGCCAGAGUUGUAUGAGGCCUGUAAAAAUGACAUCAAGAACUACUGUCAAACUGUGCCCUUUGGCAAUGCCCAGAUUAUAGAGUGCCUCAAAGAGAACAAGAAGCAACUGAGUCCUCGGUGCCACCAGAAAGUCUUUAAGCUGCAGGAGACAGAGAUGAUGGAUCCAGAACUGGACUAUACCCUCAUGAGAGUCUGUAAACAAAUGAUAAAGAGAUUCUGUCCAGAAGCAGAUUCAAAGAACAUGCUCCAGUGUUUGAAACAAAAUAAAAACAGUGAACUGAUGGACCCCAAAUGUAAACAGAUGAUUACCAAGCGCCAGAUUACACAGAACACAGAUUACCGCCUAAACCCUGUGCUACGGAAAGCCUGUAAAGCUGAUAUUCCUAAAUUCUGCCAGAAUAUCAUAAAUAAGGCCAAGGAUGAUUCUGAGCUAGAAGGCCAAGUCAUCUCUUGUCUGAAGCUGAAAUACGCUGAUCAGCGCCUUUCUCCAGACUGUGAGGACCAGAUCCGAGUAAUCAUCCAGGAAUCUGCUUUGGAUUACAGACUAGACCCUCAAUUGCAGAUGCAUUGCUCAGAUGAGAUCUCCAGCUUGUGUGCAGAAGAAGCAGCAGCCCAGGAACAGACAGGUCAGGUAGAAGAGUGUCUAAAAGUGAACCUGCUCAAGAUCAAAACUGAAAUGUGUAAAAAGGAAGUAUUAAACAUGCUAAAAGAAAGCAAAGCAGACAUAUUUGUGGACCCCGUUCUUCAUACAGCCUGUGCCUUGGACAUCAAACAUCAUUGUGCAGCCAUCCCCCCUGGUCGAGGGCGGCAAAUGUCCUGCUUAAUGGAGGCCCUAGAAGAUAAGCGGGUCAGACUGCAGCCUGAAUGCAAGAAACGCCUCAAUGAUCGGAUCGAGAUGUGGAGUUAUGCAGCCAAGGUUGCCCCAGCAGAAGGCUUCUCUGAUCUUGCCAUGCAAGUGAUGACAUCCCCAUCUAAAAACUACAUUUUGUCAGUGAUCACAGUGGGCAUCUGUAUACUGUUCCUGAUUGGCCUGAUGUGUGGACGAAUCACCAAGCGGGUGACACGAGAGCUCAAGGACAGGAAUAGACCCUCCUGGGCAGAGCUCUGAUGCCAGAGGAGGGACUAAGCAUGCCUAAGAAAAAGUGAUCCACAGCUGGGCUGGGUGAAGAAUACACAUCCAGAAAUGACACCGUCUUCUCCUGUUUGCCAUGCACACCAGCCCUGGAAGCCCUGGAUGAAUAUGAUGUUUCCAAGACUCAUUAUCCCUUCCUGCUUCUGAGCUGAGAAAGGAAUCUUUGCUCACAUAGUACCCUAAUCCAGGGCCUGUCUCCCUUCUCCCCCCUUGUAAAGAGGAUUGGGGAAUGAAUUUUGGUCCAUUCCUUGAGUACCUUAGGUUGAGUGUUGGGCUUCAAGUCACAGUGGCUGCACAAGAGGGCAGCAUGUACAGUACGAGAUAGAUAGAUAUAAUAUAUAUUUUAUUAACCUGUUAGAUGUGUCCACAUAUUAUGUGCUGGAGUAUUCUAAAUGAUGUGCCUAAAACUGUCCAUGUAGGCUGAGGCUGAUUUCAUAAUUAAUUUCCAUUCCUUCACCAUUUCCAGUUCUUUUCCCCCUGCCUUACUAAGAAUGACCUGGUAUUUCCAUCACAUGAUCGCAAGAUAGAGAGUGUAUCUGAUUGUGGACCAGCUGAUCUAGGUUACUUUCUGUGUAUAAAUUGACAUGUAUAUGAAUACUGUGAUUUCUUUUGCUACCCUUCUUGAGUGCUAAAGAGGAUUCAAAGAUAGAUAUUAGGUAAAGAUGCCUUUAUUUGUUUCCACCUCUCAUAAACCACAGAUUGGAGAGGAAAUGGUCUCUGUUGUGAUCUUCUCUCCUGAAUGUUAGUGGAGUAGGAUUGCCUCUCAUCUUGGAUCCAGUCAGAGCAAAAACUACUGUGAAUUUCGAAAGGCAUAAUCGAACUCCUAGAAGUCAAACAGUCUGCUUUACUCUCCUUAAACAGUUGUUAUUCACAUAUACAAGGAAGCUGAAGACUGCCCAUUCCCUUCAGUCUUGUUCAUACUGUUUGCUUAAUUUUACUUACAUAGAUGACUUGAGGGUUUUUUCCUCCAGAGAGAAUACCUCCAAAUUAAUGAAACUUGAAGCUCAAGGGUACAUAAAUUCUCUUUUUCCCGUCACUACCCAACUCCAAGCCAUAAGGGAAUUGAAUUUUUUGCUGUAAGAAGGGGUUCCAGUGGUAGAGGGAGAGAGUAGUUCAUUGAAAAUUAUGAGAGAGAGAGAGAGAGAGAGAGAGAGAGAGAGAGAGAGAGAGAGAGAGAGAGAGAGAGAGAGAGAGAGAGAGAGAGAGAGAGAGAUUGCUUUAAAGAAAAAAAUAUCAAUUAAACUUUUUUUUUUAAGAGUAGAGUAAACACAUUCAUCUUUUCUCCACUGCUAUAAGGAAAGACCCUUAGGAUUGCUAUUUAAGUAUAACAAAGUAAGGAGGUGGGAGAGUAAAAACCUGUGCCAAAAAAUCAUCUGAAUAAAUCCCUGGGGCACACCAUUCCCAAUGAUAUCUAACAUAGGUCUUGAUGGAUCAAAUCAGUUUCUCCCAUCUAGAGAAUGAUUUCUCAAUUUCUUAAGGUUUUCCCUUAUAUAAGAAUGUUAACUGCUUGUGUUUAGUAAAGAAAGGAUUCUGAUAGCCCUACUACACAGGUUUCAAAGUCUUAAUGCCCUUUAAAAUUUAUCAGCUUAAGACUGCAUACCUUUUUUUUACCCUUAAAAGUAGUGAACUGUGCUAGUUCUCUACCCAUUAGCUGAGUUAGAAAUUCAAAAGGAAGUUUGGCUCUUGAACCUUUUGAAAUGAUCAAACUAGGAACCAAAACCCCACUUCCUCUAAUUGCUUAUGGGUAAGUUUUAAUGACCACUGUCUUUUAUCUUUAGGGGGGCAGUAUUGGUCACAGUCUAAGGCCUGAGUAGUAGGUUCUGGUCAUAAUGUCCUAAGCAAAUGCCAUUCUAUUUUCCAAGUCUAGGUGUCCUACAUCAACUCAGCCACUUGACAGUUGAGGGUUCAAGAUGCCAUGAUUACAAUACCCAGAGAUAAGAUCUGUGAGCACCUUUGCAACUGACCCUAUUGAAUAUGGUCACCACUAAAGAGAUAAAUAAUACUUUUACUUCCUGUUUGUCAGGUUUACUUACCUGAUGUCCAGCACCAAUCAGAUUAGAGGGAAAAGUUUCUUGCCAUCAAGUGAUAGCAUUAAGCCUCAAACUAAGUGACUAACAAGGGCUCUAAGGUUUAUUAAAUGACCCCAUCCAGACAUACAAAAGAAAGUGGUGCAGGCCCUUACCAAGAAAUAAUACAACAGCUAGUUAACAAAAUAGCCGGUAUCCAUUGGAUUUUGGUUGGCAUCUCAUUCCAACACCCACCAAGGAUCCUUGCUACCGUUCUCCAAAAGGAACUUGGAUAUCCAGCUCACAUUUUGGGCAUGCCAUUCAUUAUUCAAAAAACCAGAAACUUAGGUAAACUGGCUGGAGUAGAAUCAAUUUGGAUCUAUACUGGGCCACUAGUAAGAAGCCAAUUACAUAUGUGGAGAUCUUUAAUAAGGAUUCUAAGGGAAAGCAGAUUCUAGAGCACUCUAUUCUCUGAAAUUGCUAUUACCCAAAGAAGAGUCUUUGGGGAAGAAAAGUAGUAUGUUAUGAUUCUUGGUAGAACCAGUGCCUGUAUGAACAAGAUAGUCAGAUAUUUUCAGGAGAAAAGCCUCUAGUGGGGGAAAGAAUCUGACCUUGAGAAAUAUAUAUAUACACAAAUAUAUAUUUUUUUUUUUCAAAAGAUCUGAGAAUUUUUCAAGGAGAUAACCCCACUGUAAAGAAGGAACUUUCAUUUUUUGUACCCUAAAGAUGUCUUCUAGCUGUCACUUCUACUUCCAGGGUUACCUGAUCUAGGGACCCCCAAAGCUAAGUUAGAACAUUCUUGGGAAACCAGAGCUACUUCAGGGCCUUGCUACAAGGCAGCAUUUACUUCAAGUUAUUUGUUAAUAAAUAUUUUUGUAUUGAGUUUACUUCUAGAAUCUUUAAUAUAUCAUUUAAUCCUCCCAGAGAGAGUUGGGAAAGCAAUACUAUUAAAGGUUGAUAAAAAUUUAAGUUUUCCUUUCAUCUGCUAGGAAAGCAAAUGUCAGAUUUCAUUUUCUCCUAGGAGAACACACCUAGGAUAUGUCAUCAGCCUGACAUCACCUUACAGAAGUAUUGACAGGAGUUUACAACUUUCCAUUAAAGUUAGAAAGUGAGUAUUAAUCCCUUAGUCUGACAGUUGCCCAUCCAGUUUCUUCAUUCUAUACUGUAUUUAUUCUCAGUUGGAUCAGAACUAAGUCUUUUUUCUGCAUCAGUAUGGCCUUCAAAAUACUUUACACCCUGGAUUUCUCUGGCUACCACCCAUCCUUCACAAAGUCUCCACUGGAGUUCUACAGAGAUCUAGGUUCCUUUAAAUCCAAAAUCUGAGAGGCAGACAAGAUAGGAGUGAGGGGGAGGUAGAAUGAGUGUUGUUUCAGAGAAUGAGGACUACCUUUCGAAUAAACCAAAAUCAACCCAUCCAUCCCUCCUUUGUUUUGACUCAUAAAUGAAGCCUGCUGCCAUCUUCUCCACAAGGCAGACCAUUGUUGUUGAACUCUGGGUUUGGGAACAUAAGAGAUUAGCCUGUCAGCUGUCUCCAGCCUUAAUAUUACAAGUAUUCCACCAGCCCCUCAUCCAGCCAGUGAGAGGGUCUGUAAUUCCCACAGUCGACUCCUAGAAGAGAAAGAAGAAUGUGUCUUUUCAAACUGUGAAUACUUUUACCUGUUCUUUAUUUUUUCAAAUUCUGGGUGUAUAAGAGCACAGAAGUCAGAAUGCUAGAGUUGUAUAUCCCUAUUUGAAUCAUCUAGUUUUGUAAAAUGUGGUAUUCUGUUGCAUUAAAAUUUUAGUACUGUACCCUUCUCUGAACCCCUUCUCUUCCCAUUUUACACGUGACAUUUACUGUAUUUGACUCUGGCUCCUCUUUGCCUUUUUUUGAUAUAUCUCUAGAGGUGGCUAACUUUCUAAUGAGAUUCCUCUUUGGCCCUCCUCACCCACCUCUUACUACCACUACUGCUUUUUCAUGGUUUGGGUAGCCAUCAACCUAGACUGGUAUAUCUAGGUUCCUGGGGUCUUGUCCUCAUGUCGUUCAGGCUCUAGGGGAAGCCUCUCAGCUAGAGCACAAGGCUGUAGAAGAAUGUGACAGCCCAGAGCUGGAAGUUAAUGAAUCCUGUAGUGAUCUACUACCCCAUUCUCUUCUUCAUCCCAUGAGCAGACUACCAAAGAGAGAGAAAGAGAACCCUUCCUCCCCUCCCCCACUCCCACCAUAUGUUGGGGUUUAUAGGGAUCUUGGUAGUAGAGAAAUUUGGGAUCUGGAGUGGAGUUAGGGUGGUACUUACUCCCUCCACUUCACUCCUUGGCCCAAGCAUCUGUUAUUUAGCACCUAAUAAACCUGAGCUCAGAGGUACCAGGAUCUGGGAAUUGCUCCCCAUGUUCAGACAGGAGCUGGGGGGUGGAGGUGGGCAUUGAGUAGAAUAGUGGAUGACCAGGGAGGAUCAAGCAGAAAGUCCAGACUGGAAGGUGGUUAGCACCAUUACCAUGUUGUCAGCCUCUCCAAGGGCAAUGUCUCAAGUCAAUCAAAGCAUUGAAAUAAGACAGCAAGUGCUGUGGGUUAUCUUAGACCUUUUUUUAAAAAAGAAAAGAAAAGGAACGAAGAAAAAAGAGGGAAAAAAGAAAUAAAAAUAAGACUCUUUUGUAAAUUGUUUUCUGUGUAUAAAAUUCUGGCCGUUCCUUGUUUUUACAUGUUCAUGAUGUGUAAUUUUGAGAUGUUACUGAGAUUCUGAACAUAAUGUGCAUUUUUUUCUGUACAGAUGAAAUGGGAGAAUUUAAUAAAAAAAAAAGAGUCUGCAGGUU